GAGCCAGCGGCGCGGCGCGGCACAAGGCCUCGCCGCCGCCGCCGCCUCCUCAGAACCAAAGGACAGUCUGGCAGUGCCCCAGGAACAGACUUGACAUUGUGGUGCCCUGAUUCUCUUUUUUUUCAUAAACAGAUGAUUGAGAAUUAACACACUUAAUGCAAACAAUGUCUGUUCAAGAUUUUAAAUUUUUUAUUAUUCAAUUAUGUAUUUUCUAGGGUAUCACAUUUGUAAAUUCACAAGGCAACUGAAUGAUAUUAGAUAGCACAGACCUACUUCUGCUUUAAUUUUGACAAAGCCGCUUCCUAAACUUUGGACCUAGUUUGUGUGAAUAGUGAGAUGCAGUGCUUUAUUCCUGACCAUUUUCUCCCUAUAAUUAAGUGCUCUUUUUCCUUAGCAGGGAACAUAUUUAUGUAGAAGAUGGCUUUUUGGGGUCGUCAGAUACGCAUAUGGCACUUGUCACUGAAAACAAGUAGUAGUGCUAAUUCUGUUCAGCAACUGAGAAAAACUCACAGAACGUGGAUGCAGUUGCAUGAGCUUUCAGUUCUAUCUUUCCUGUGCACUGAUAAUCACUUUCUUCAGCGUGGAUUGAAGACCUACAGAUCUGUAUUUUUGGGGAGCCGUUUACAGUCCACCAACUUAAGUAAUGGACAGAUACUUUCUGAAGAAACAAACUUUCUUUCUCCAGUAAACCACUACCAGCAGCAAGCAGAAGUAAUACCCAGCUCAGAUACAAAAACAUUAUAUGAAGUUUGGGAAGAUACACCACCUUCAUCUGCUUUGGAGGAAAUCUCUGAAGAAGAAGCUGUGCAGAUUGUAGCUGAGCCACCCCUUCCCCUUGGUUCUUUCACACUUCGAGAUUAUGUUGAUCGUUCAGAAACUCUGAGCAAGUUAGUGCUUUUGGGAGUUGAUUUGUCCAAAGUGGAAAAACGUCCAAAUGCAGGCCAACUCCUACUGAGACUGGAUUUUGAAAAAGAUAUAAGAAAAAGGCUUUUGUUUCUUAAGGAUGUGGGUGUAGAAGAUAAUCAGCUGGGGCCAUUCCUGACCCAAAAUCCAUACAUUCUUGCUGUAGACAUGGAGGCGCUAGAGACAAGAGUAGCUUACCUAAAAUCAAAAAAAUUUGGUAAGGAAGCGGUUGCACGGAUGGUCUCGAGAGCUCCGUUUUUACUGUCCUUUUCAGUGGAAAGAUUGGAUAAUAGAUUGGGUUUCUUCCAAAAAGAACUUGGACUAAGUGUGCAAAAGACCCGGGAUUUAGUAGUUCGUCUUCCAAGGCUACUGACUGGCAGUCUUGAGCCUAUAAAAGAAAAUUGGCAGGCAUGCCAGGUUGAACUUGGUUUUCGGCGUAAUGAAAUUCAGCAUAUUGUAUCUAAAAUCCCCAAGAUUUUAACUGCAAACAAAAAGAAGCUUACAGAAACUUUUGACUACCUACACAAUGUAAUGGGCAUUCCCCACCACAUCCUUACAAACUUCCCUCAAGUUUUCAAUUCAAAGCUAUUACGAUGUCAAAGAAAGACAUAUGUUUCUUACAUUUUGGGAAGAGCACAGUAUGACCCAGCACAGCCCAGCUACAUCUCUCUGGACAAACUAGUAUCCCAUGCCCGAUGAGGUGUUUGUACAGAGGUUGCCAAGGCCUCAGUAAAGGACUUUGAAAAAUUCUUAAAAACACUUUAAUUAGUAACACAUGUAAAAAGAGAGAGAAUGUUAUGAAAUAAAUGUAUUUUACAAAAACUGCUCUUUCUUCUGUCCCUUAACUGCUUAUUUACUGGUUUAAAAAGUUAUUGCUUAUGAAAUUACUGCAAUGUGUAAGGAUAAAGACAUAUCUUUUAAAUUGAUUUAAAAUAUGGAUUUCUUAAUGGAAAAGGGUUAAGCAAAUGUAUGUAUAAUUAUUGACGUAAUUCUUGAAAUGAAAUCCUAAUUUUCAUUCAUGAUUGGCAAUGCAGCCAAUUAAAAACAUAAACUUAUAAAGCAUGUUAAAAUUGAUUUUUUGCUACUUUUUCACCUACAGUUUGUUUCAAUAUAUUGUAAGAUGAAAAACUGA